AUGAGUGAUUCUGUGAACGUGCUACCGACCAGACAUAUUCUGAGGCCCCAUCAUGUCAAUAUACUCAAGCUCAUGAUGCUGGCGUUCCAUAGCUACAACGGUUCUCUUCCACCACCUUUCCUUCUGCAUCUAUAUCGUAUCCUCAUGCGUGAGGUCGCCGAGGUCUCCGAACCACGAGGGUAUGCUGAGAUACAAGCUGAAGUACUCAAGGCACCUAUGGUCGACUCGUCAACUGCUCAGAACUUCUGUCGCGAGUACGCAAGCGAGGCUCCGCAUUUCGAUACCGAAGAACAACUGAGUGAAUUCUUCCAAGGGUUGAACAUACUCUUUCCUGACAAGGAUGAGGACGAGAGCGGUAUGGGCUUCAACCGCCGUUCCCUAUUCGGUUUCUUCUGCCGGAGGUGUUACGUCAGCUUCCGCAAGCUUUCAUUCAUUGGGGUAUCCAGCCUUUUAAGAGACUACAAAGCAUGGGUCGCAGGCUCUAUCAAUGAAUAUCCUCAGGGACUUCCUGGUUAUUCGCUUGCUACUCCAGAUUCAUUGACCAUUGAUUAUGAAAUUUACAAAACACAUGGUGACAAGAAGCCCUCUGCAACUAGUGAUGACUAUGCUGCACUCGAAAAGGGUCUAGCUGUGGGAGAUGAAAAUAUUGCUACAGAGAGUUUGCGGCGGUUCUUCGAACAACAUUUCCACGAAGGCAAUGAUUCAGGUCUUCGACAGCAUGCAUUGCUGAGUUUGGCUCGCAAGCACUACCUCAAUCAUGAAUACGUUGCAUGUCGCAAGUACCUCCAAGAAGCUGUCGGCGUGGCACGCACAAGCAAUGAUAAAGUUACAUUACAACAUUGCAUGAGCAUGCUUCAUCGAUUGGCACCACUAGAGCGAGGGCAGAAACCGAUCAUCAACGAUAUACAGCCGGACCUGCAUCCUCUCGAGGUUUUACAUGACGUGCAAAAGCUGAUCAAAGUGAACAACCAACAACCACUAAUGGCGUCGUUUGAAAAGAUCGUCCAAGCGAUCGGUUUGUACGAUCACUGGAUCGACAUCCAGCAUGCUCCGUUUGUGGAAUCUGAGCAGUGGGGCCAACACGCUGUACAGAGCGUCGUCUGGAGUAUGCAUGGGUGCCCCAAGGUGGCACAGGUGGAGGAGAACAUUGUCACCGCUUUCACUGAGGCAGGCGGGGACGACCACAACCGCCUUGUGGUUACACUCAAUCGCGCUUAUUAUCGUGCUCGUCAAGGUCGAUAUCGGGAGGCUAUCGCAACGCUCCUCGAGCCAGAUGUCUGGCGAGGCCUGACUUUGAACGAAUAUCACUCGUGGGCGGGCGAGAUCUGGCACAUCCUUGUGCUGCGUGCUAGCCGUCGGCGUCAGGAGCGUCAAUUCGCAGACUUCCUGAAACACAGGCGGCCACAUGGUUUCUACAGAAACAGAGAGUAUUGGUUCUGGUCGACGCCCACGCUAGGCUCUAUCAUUCGCGACCCUCUCUAUGAGGUCAUGCAGAUGCGGGAAGUCGAUCAAGCGCACGCAUGGGUGGAGCCGUUGCUGACGGCUCUGUGGCACGCCGAGUUCCACGGUACGUACGGCUUGUACAGAACGGCGAUUAUCAUCCUCGCGGACAUCGGCCUCGAGUUCGGGAUGACAAAGUGGUCCCGGAGGCUCAUAGAGGAGAUCAUGCCCCAGGUUAUAGAGGGCAACGAGCUGGAGCAACGAGCGUUCGCCUGCUUCACCCUCGCACGGUGCAUCAUCGCCGCCGGAGAUUCUUCACAGGACGCUCUGCGCGAGUGCCUCCCAUACCUGCUCACCGCAGAGAAAGACUACACCGAGCUCGAGAUCUUCCGCUCGUUGCAGGACGUGCAGUACUUGCUAGCUAUCGUGUACGACAACCUCGGGAAGACACGGGAGCGCGAUGAGGUAUCUGCGCGGCACAUGACGACGGACGUGGAGCGGCAGAAGGCCGCGAUAGUUGUUGUUGAGGAUUGGGUGGCGGACGUUUGGGACAUUGUCACGGAAGUGGGCGCUGCGCUGGCAGCGAGGUGA